AUGUCUCUUCCAACUCGCCGCCUUGGAAAAGAUGGACCUCUCGUCACGGCCAUCGGCUUCGGCGCAAUGGGCAUCAGUGCUUUCUACGGAACCACAGAGCCCGACGAGGAGCGUCUCAAGGUCCUGGACCACCUCUACGAAACCGGGGAGAGGUUCUGGGACACUGCGAACGUUUACGGAGACUCUGAGGAGCUCAUUGGCAAAUGGUUCGAGCGCAAUCCUGAGAAGCGGAAGGACAUUGUGCUCGCAACCAAGUUUGGCAAUCGGGGCCCCAACACCCCCAACAACGAUCCCGAAUAUGCUAGGCAAUGCGCCGAGGAAAGCUUGAGGCGCUUGAAGACGGAUUACAUCGAUUUGUACUAUGUGCACAGAGUUGACUCUCAUACCCCUAUCGAAAAGACCAUCAGGGGCAUGGUCGAGCUGAAGAAGAAAGGCUGGAUUCGGCAUCUAGGCCUCUCGGAAGUCUCAGCCGACACGCUCAGACGAGCCCAUGCUGUACAUCCCAUCGCUGCCGUCCAGAUGGAGUACAGCCCCUUUGCCCUUGAAAUCGAACUGCCAGAGACAAACCUGCUCAACACGUGCAAAGAGCUCGGCGUUGCGGUUGUCGCCUACUCUCCCCUCGGCCGGGGCAUGCUUACAGGGCAGAUCAAGAGCCCCGACGACUUUGAAGAGGGUGACUUCAGGAAGGGCAUCCCCCGCUUCUCCCCUGAAAACUUCCCCAAGAACUUGGAGCUCGUGGCUACUUUGCAAGGGAUUGCUGCUCGGCACAACGCUACCAGUUCUCAGCUGGUUCUCGCAUGGCUCCUGAAGCAGUGGGACAUGGUCAUUCCGAUUCCUGGGACCAAGAAGAUCAAGUACUAUGACGAGAAUAUGGGAGCAUUGCGGCUGAGCAUCAGUGACGAAGAGAAUGCCGAAAUCAGGGAGGCUAUUAAGAAGGCGACGGUUGUGGGGGACAGGUAUCCUCCAGGGUGGGCCGAAGGGCUGUUUGUGACCACUGUCCCCUUGGAGGAGUAG